AGACACUAGACAGAAUGCUUUGAAAAUCCAUUUUGGGACUGGAGUUUAUUGCUGCAUUGACUUGGCGAUUUGAGCAUAUUAGCAUAACAAUGGCAGAGAUGGAUUUGUGUCUGCUAAAGCUGGCAGGGGAAGAAAAAAGGCAGUGACAUUUUUCUUUAGCAGUGUGACAUUGUGGGUCUGCGUGUGACUCUGUGAUUAGGGAAGGGUGUGUGAGUGUUGGUCCACGUGUGAGGUCAGUUACAGUGUGUCUGUGUGUGUGCGUGUCUGCAUUUCUAUGUGUGUGUAUGUGUACGCAUGUCUGCCUUUGUGGGUGCGUGUGUGUGUGUGUUUAUCAGGGAGAGUAUAAAUGGUUAGUGUCAUCAUCUCUGGGGACUAAUAAAGUGUCUGAGGAAUCAGAAGAAAAGAGCUGUAGAGCUGAAUCAGAGACCAUAAGAUAAUGCUGGUAUCCCAGAAGCCUGUUCAGUCGGUCGCUGUCAUGGUUCUUCUGGUAUUCAUAGUUGCUCACUGUCAGGUGAAUGAACGACGGGCGGUGACCGAGCAUCAGCUGAUGCAUGACCGUGGCAGGUCUAUCCAGAGCCUGAAGCGACUCAUCUGGUUGUCCACCGCCAUGGAGGGACUCCACACAGCCCAGACCCGUUCCUCCUCCCUGAGCUCCAUCCCAGGCCUCUCCCCUGCCCUCAACCCACGUUCGACUGACUCCCAGUCUGGGGAGGCCAACAGCUACCACCAGGGGUCAGUGGAGAGACUUAUGAGGAACUUCUUCAGGCCCCACCUCAUGGAACUUUCCGAUGGAGAACCAUAGACCUCAACUUCAACUACCACAAUCCUCCACUGCCCUGCACACAUCCCCAGCUACCUACACCAGGUCGACCUCAGCAACCCAUGUUCCAGAGUCAGGGUCACUGCAUACUGAAAAACAUUCUGUGUAACUGCUCUGGAUGAAAAUUACUAUGUUAGACUAGGGUCUAACUUGUGACUAAGUCUCAAACUAACAUUAAGAAAUGUAUAUUAAUUUUAUGAUUACAGUUGCAACAUUCUGGAAACUUCUCAGGAUUUACAGAAAUCCUUGCUGGAGAAUUCAGGAAUUUCUGCUUAGUCCCAACUGAUUCUAGGAAUUCAAUAAAACUGGGAAAUUUAAGGUUCAGGAUUCAGGAUUUUACUGCCUACUCAUGCUUGUUUUUUCACCCAUCAGACCUCUGUGAAUAUAUUGCCCUGCUGUACCGUCAUAAAUGUAAAAGCCAACUAGUGCUGGGUGCAACAAUGCAUGUUCGUCUCAUUAAAAUCCUUUUCAAUA